AUGGGUAACUCAACCCCUCAGGAGGCCGCUCCAGCUUAUGAAGAGCUGUACGAGCAACGUCCUUCGAAUCCUAUGACGGGAUACUCCCAUGUCUCCGUCGCAGAUGAAAAUGACGACAUUGAGCACCGGGGACACGAACAUCAUCUCGAUUCCAACGAUGCGCCCGUCCUUCAUCUGGCUUCUCAGAAUGAGGAGCUGGUUCACUUGCACUGUGAGGAAUGUGAUCGCCGGCAAGAACGUCGGGAGCGGCGGAAGAGUAGUCAGAAUUGUUGUAUGAUGGUGUCGGCGACGUUUAUCGUUAUUAUCUUCUUGCUGUGUCUCUUUGGGCUUCGGUUGAUUGCGGAGCUUCAUAAGGAAGGGAAUGGGAAGCAUGCUCGAGACUUCCCGGGGGAUGGUCAUAUCUUGGGGAACUGA